AUGAACCAUUCAUUGCUGGCCGCAGAGUUUAUUACUAUCGAUAAUGAAGUACCAAUUGAACACCUUGAUGAUGAUGAAAUUCUUGCGACUAUGCAGGAAAAAGAAGGCGAUGAUGAAAAAGCGGCUGAACCACAGCCCAAUAUUUCUUUAAAAUUGAUUACCGACGCCAAGGCGGUGGAAACUAAUAACCUCACCCAAGCUCGCACGGAAGCGGCAAAAGCGGUUAAACAGCAGUGA